CAUGGAGCAGGUUAAUAAUGCAACCGAUUAUUAUCCAAACUCCUCAUCACUGGUCCACAGUCAGCGAGCCCCACAUCCUACCGAAUUUAGCGGGAUUUGGUUUUCAAAUGACCUCAUAUCCUGUUUUUAACUUCCUCUUUGAAUUGCUGGACCACCCGCCCGAAGUCUAUCCCAACAAGACAACCUCAAUCACAUUUAUCACUAUGUGUUGCAGUGUCACCUCUGCUUCAGGUUCUCCCAAGUGUGGUAACAAGGUUGUAUGAGUAUUACAACGGCAUAGAACUAUGUAGUCCAUCCGUUUCGGAGGCUGGGUAUACUGGAAGGCUGCAGUGCCUGCCUGUCAAGAUGGAGACAGACUGCAUGAAAAUAAUCAACAGGGGCUCAGAUGAUGAAAUGGAGGUGUGGGGCUACAGCCGGAGCCGCUGGCGGAUGGUGCUGGUGGGGGUCGGAGCACUGUGCAGCGGGGGGCUGCUGCUCCUGCUGCUCUACUGGCUGCCUGAGUGGGGCGUGCGGAGCACCUGCACACCCUGCUCUCUCAAGGACGCACAGAUACUGCUGCUCAGAUCCACGGAUGAGUUCAGGCGAUGGUUUCAAGUGCGGGUGCAGGUGAUGCAGACUCCAGGGCUCAGUCCUUUUGAUGCUGUGGAUCUCCCGACUCCCCCAACCAGUGAACACGGUACACAACCCUGCCCUGACAUCUCACGCACAGAACCUCCCACCAUGCAGAUUUCCUACUUCAUUCACCACAGCAUGCAAUACUUCUGGAACGACACAAUUCAGAAUUUUGAAGCAAUGAAUGGCAUGGAGGACCUGCGGUUGAGCUGCUCGUCUCUUCUGUCCCAGUGUAGCUCAGGGCUCAGUAGGCCACAGCAGGAGUACAGGAGAUUGUUUUUUGGGGAAAAUGAAAUAGCUGUCCGAGUGCCUUCCUUAUUUAUGCUGCUAAUUAAAGAGGUGCUGAAUCCCUUCUACAUCUUCCAGCUGUUCAGUGUCAUUUUGUGGAGCGCUGAGCAGUACUACUACUAUGCUGCUGCCAUUGUUUUCAUGUCGGUCAUAUCCAUAGCCAUUUCCCUGUACACUAUUAAAAAGCAAUAUGUGAUGCUACACGACAUGGUGGCAGCCCACAGCAUAGUUCGUGUUUCGGUGUGCCGAGAAAGCAAAGAAGUGGAGGAGGCCAUGUCCACUGAUUUGGUUCCUGGUGAUGUCAUCGUCAUUCCGUCCAAUGGGACCAUCAUGCCCUGCGACGCCGUCCUCAUCAGUGGCACGUGUAUAGUGAAUGAGAGCAUGCUGACAGGGGAAAGUGUGCCCGUGACCAAAACAAGCUUGCCUAACUCUGAUGCGGAAGGCAAGGAGCUGUACGGUACUGAGCAGCACAAAAGACACACACUGUUCUGUGGAACCGACGUUAUUCAGACCCGCUUCUACCCUGGAGAGCUGGUCAAGGCCCUGGUGGUUCGUUCCGGCUUCUGCACAGAGAAAGGGCAGCUGGUCCGCUCCAUCCUCUACCCCAAACCCACUGACUUCAAGCUGUACAGGGAUGCCUACCUCUUCCUCUUGUGCCUGGUGGGGGUGGCGGCCAUCGGCUUCAUCUACACUAUUGUUCUCAGCAUCAUGAACCAGGUGCCAGCGAGGACCAUCAUCAUUGAGUCUCUGGACAUUGUGACGAUCACGGUGCCCCCCGCUCUCCCUGCUGCCAUGACGGCGGGCAUCGUGUAUGCCCAGCGCCGGCUGAAGCGUGUGGGGAUCUUCUGCAUCAGUCCCCAGAGGAUCAAUGUGUGUGGACAGCUCAACCUCGUCUGUUUCGACAAGACGGGGACACUUACUGAAGAUGGACUUGAUCUUUGGGCUGUCCAGCGAGUUGAAAACCGAAGAUUUGCCCAACCAGAGCAGGACCCAGGGACGGACUGUGAGCUGGACUCCCCGUUCCUGUCCUGCAUGGCGGCUUGCCACUCCCUGACCAAGAUCAACGGGGAGCUGUCAGGGGACCCGCUGGACUUCAAGAUGUUCAAAGCCACUGGAUGGGUGCUAGAAGAAGCUACGCAGGAGGAGACAUCCCUCCACGAUCCCAUCAUGCCCACUGUUGUCAAACCUCCCAAACAGCCCAAGGUUGACCUGCCUGAGGUCGAGGUGACCCUGGCCCACAGCAUGGAGUUGUACGACUUGGCAGACACACGUGAGCUGGGAAUUGUGCACCAGUUUCCCUUCUCCUCAGCGCUGCAGAGGAUGAGUGUUGUGACCCGCUUUCUUGGGGCGAAGCGCUUCGAGGCCUACCUCAAGGGGGCGCCAGAGGUGGUGGCUAGCCUUUGCAAAACCUCCACAGUUCCUGAGAACUUCACAGAGGUCCUAGAGGACUACACCAGACAUGGGUUCCGUGUCAUAGCCUUGGCCCAUCGCCAGCUAGAAUCCAAACUGACCUGGCACAAGGUGCAGAGUCUCAACAGAGACCAAGUUGAGUGCAACAUGGACUUCCUGGGCCUGAUCAUCAUGCAGAACAAACUCAAGUCAGAGACCGCCGAUGUUUUGGAAGAUUUGCGACGAGCCAAUAUUCGCACCGUGAUGGUCACAGGCGACAACAUGCUGACGGCCAUCUCUGUGGCCAGAGACUGUGGCAUGAUCGGGCCUCAGGAGAGGGUGAUCAUGGUGGACGCUCAGCCCCCCAUCGGCGGCCACGCAGCCGAGAUCCUCUGGCACUACACCGAGAGCUCCACAGCCCUGAGCAGCAAGGACACCACCAUACAGAUGGUAGACAUGGAGCCAGGCGGUGGGCCAUCGAACGGCAGACUCGGGGGGCUUUACCACUUCGCCAUGAGUGGGAAAUCCCUAGCUGUAACUCUGGAGCAUUUUCCAGACCUGGUCCCAAAGCUGGUACUGCGAGGAACUGUCUUUGCUAGAAUGGCUCCUGACCAAAAGACACAACUAGUGGAGAUACUACAAAGUGUUGACUACUAUGUGGGCAUGUGCGGAGAUGGUGCAAAUGACUGUGGUGCCUUGAAGCGAGCCCACGCCGGCAUCUCCCUCUCCGAGCUGGAGGCCUCCGUGGCCUCUCCAUUCACCUCCACCACCCCCAACAUCUCAUGUGUGCCCAACCUCAUCAGAGAGGGCCGUGCUGCACUGGUCACCUCCUUCUGUGUCUUCAAGUUCAUGGCCCUGUACAGCAUCAUCCAGUAUGUCAGCGUCAUACUGCUCUACUCGAUUCUAAGUAACCUGGGAGACUUCCAGUUCCUCUUCAUCGAUGUGGUCAUCAUCCUCGUCAUAGCUUUCACAAUGAGCCUGAACCCGGCGUGGAAGGAGCUUGUGGCCCAGCGUCCUCCCUCCAGCCUGAUCUCUGUGCCGCUGCUCUUCUCCGUGCUCACCCAGAUCAUGGUGUGCCUCAGUUUCCAGGCCCUCGCCUUCAUAUGGGUGCAGCACCAGAGCUGGUACGAGAAGUGGACGCCCAGCUCAGAUGCAUGUAACGCGUCUCGAGCUGGCCUCUCCAUGGACCCCAACGUGACCCACCCUGUGGACCACAAGAACAUCAGGAACUACGAGAACACCACGCUGUUCUACAUCUCCUCUUUCCAGUACCUUGUGGUGGCCAUUGUGUUCUCCAAAGGGAAACCUUUCAGGCAACCCAGCAUCAAGAACUGGCCUCUUGUGCUGUCCUGUAUCAGCCUGUACCUCUUCCUCUUCCUCAUCAUGCUCUACCCUGUGGCAGCCAUUGACAACUUUCUGGAGAUUGUGUGUGUCCCAUAUGACUGGCGAAUAACCAUGGUGAUCAUCAUUGUCAUUAAUGCAGUGGUGUCAUUCAUCUUGGAGACUUUGGUCCUUGACAUCAUCUUAUGGAGGCUUGUAUUCAGCCAAGACAUGCUGGGGAAGGAUGGGGUGGUCUCGGCUGCCCAAAAAACUCAGCAAAGCAAUGACCGGUGGGGCAGCAGGUUCUUAGCUUGGCUGUUUUGCCAGAAAAGGAAGCCGCCUAAGACUCGCUAUAGUCAGCUGGCCCAGGAGCUGCAGGAUGACCUGGACUGGCCCCCCAGGCCCCACAGCUGCACCCAUGCCAAGGGCCAAGCACCCCUCCUCUCUCUCAACCUCUGAGUAGCCACCCAGGCCCCACACCUACACCUACGUAUGCCAAGGCACCCCAUCUCUCUCAACCUCUGAGUGUUCACCCAGGCCCCACACCUGCACCUAUGCCAAGGCACCCCAUCUCUCUCAACCUCUGAGUAUUCACCCAGGCCCCACACCUGCACCUAUGCCAAGGCACCCCAUUCUCUCUCUCAACCUCUGAGUGGCCACCCAGGACCCACACCCACACACCUGCACCUAUGGCAAGGUAUCCCUCCUCUCUCUCAACCUCUGAGUGGUCAGGCUCCACACCUGCACCUAUGGCAAGGCACCCCUCCUCUCUCUCAACCUCUGACUGGCCACCCAGGCCCCACACCUGCACCUAUGCCAAGGUGCCCCAGUUCUCUCUCAACCUCUGAGUGGUCAAAGGGAGCAUCUCUCCACAGCAUUACAAAACCACCAACGUGUCUUAGGUCUCCACGGGCGCCAUGUCCUCUAUGACCCAGUAAGGAACCAUUCUCCCCUUGAUGAUAUGCUUCCAUGCACGAGUGUGGUAAUGCCUAGGAGUACCAUUCUCUUUUAUGAUUUGUUUCCCAGCACUAUGCAUAUUCAAUAGCAAAUACAAUCCUUGUUCAUACACUCAUUACGCCACGCAUACUACACUUGUGCAUCUAGGAGAAUGCCGACAACAUUACGUCUUGGUGUUAAAGAUAUGGUGCGAUGCCCCUGUCGUGUGUGUGCGUGCGUGCGUGCGUAAAAAAAUCAAUUGAUUUCCUGCAAAUCCAGCUUCUACAACAAGUGGACAUUUUUCAAAGGCUGUCGUGGAUAGUUGAUUGCACUUUAAAUACUAAAGGGCCUAGGAACCACAUUCCAGAUGUACCAGAUGGCAAGUGGACAGUGGGUUUACUUUUUUAAUUCCAUGGCAAGUUUACUAUAUACGUGGAGAUUUGAAAUACUGGGAGCCUUUGUUUUUUAAUAUCUGUUUUUAACACGAUAAGCAAUACAGCUGUACCUUUGGGACCAAUGGAGAAAUGGGCAGGCUCUUUGAUUAACAAACCACUUAUUUUCUGAAUACACUGAAACUGCUGUUAUUACUCUACAAGUGUAAGGAUUUAUGCCGUAAGUGUUCAAAUGUUUCAACUUUUAAUUAAGAUUGGUUUUAGAGAACAUUCCAUAUCAUGCCUAUGUGUUAUCUCUCUUCCCGUGGAAGAAGUCUAUCAGAAUAGUAAUAAUAAUAAUAAUAAUAAUCAUCAGAAUUCAUUUCAAGCCUUACUGUUCUCAGCUGUCAUCCUGUCUCAGCCUUUAAUGUUUAAUGUAACUCUCUCUCUCUCUCUCUCUCUUUCUCUUUCUUUCUCUCUCUCUCUCUCUCUCUCUCUUUCACUCUCUCUCUAUUUCUUCACUCUCUCUCUCUCUAUUUCUUCACUCUCUCUCUCUCUCUCUCUAUCUCUAUCUCUAUCUCUAUCUCUAUCUCUCUCUCUCUCUCUCUCUCUCUCUCUCUCUCUCUCUCUCUCUCUGUAUAUGUGAAAGUGAAAGUGAGAUGAAAGCAAAUAACUUUGAUAAAAGGGAUGUUGGGUACAGUGGUAUAUGGUAGUUUAUGUUUUAGUGAUAUUAUGCAAAUAAUGAUUAUGGAUUAUGGUACUUUAGUCCCUCACUGGGGGCUUGAUUUGUGUCGCAUUUGACUGGAAACCAUAUUUUACCAAAAGGGAGUAUUCCGAUAAAAAAAAUGGUAGUGUUUAUAGCUUUUGAUAUGAUUCAAGAUAACCUUAUUGCCACAGAAUGGUACUACUUUCAAUGGUACAAAAAUGUUAAGUGCGAAAAUGUUAAGAGGCACACUUUCCAACCAAAGCUGAAACUAUGGCUGGGGUGGCGUAUGUUGUUCUGCAAUGCGUAUGAUAGUGCAGUGAGUGUAGGCCAAAGUAGGUUAAAGGCAUGUGGUAUUAUACAGUACAUGACAUCACAACGCAAAACAUUUAUUUUUUUCCUCUUAUUGGUAACAAUCAGACAUAAGCUGUGGAAACACAUAGUGUAUCACUACUGUGAAAUAAAUCCUCUCACCUACUGUAUCCAUCGAAACGAUGACUUUUUUGUCAGAUGCCUCCUGACAUCUAUUAACAAAGUGUUUGGAUGUGGCAUGAUGAUGUUGACGACGAUGUGGUUGGUUCUUGACAUUGCACAUUAGGUUAAUCACAGAAUUUGUAUAACCAGGUGUACUUUGUAACAUUUGUACGGUUUUCUUAAUGCCAAUGUUCAUGUGAAUUUUUUGCUGCUAGUUAUUUUUAUACAUAGAUAAUCAUUCAAAGCGGUGUCACACCUUCAAGAUGAUUUGAGUAAGACAAAAAAUGUGACUUAGUCUUCCUGUAAUUUACUUUUUUAUUAUGUUAAACACCUGCUGAAAAGUAUUUUUGUGUCCAAGCAUUAUAUCUUGAAAUAAACAUAUCACUGUUUAUGUAUAUUGUGACUAACUGCCAUGAGGAAAAUGGGAAAUGCAAAAAAUGUGAAAUGCAUAUGAUGUCAAUUAUAAGUAACAAUAACACUUGUAUAUUCCAUUCCAUUGGUCUCAAUCCUGUAAAUUUAGCAUUUAGAAUUGAUACUGUAUUAAUGAUUGGAAAUGAUUCGAUGAACAAGCAAAUUAUUAAAAUACCUCUCUUGGCUCA